AUGGCCCCAAUUACCAAGGACAAAUACUCUGUUAUCCUCCCGACCUACAACGAGCGUCGCAACCUGCCCAUCAUUACCUGGCUCCUCAAUCGCACAUUCACCGAGCAAAACCUCGACUGGGAACUUAUCAUCGUCGACGACGGAUCUCCAGACGGCACCCAAAUCGUCGCGAACCAACUCGCCAAAGCCUACGCCCCCCACGUCCUCCUCAAGGCGCGAGCCGGCAAGCUCGGUCUGGGAACGGCAUACGUACACGGCCUGCAAUUCGUCUCAGGGAACUAUGUUAUAAUCAUGGACGCCGAUUUCUCGCACCACCCCAAGUUCAUCUCGCGCAUGAUCGCGAAGCAGAAAGAGCUCUCUACCAACGGUGGAUACGACAUUGUCACUGGUACGCGAUACGCCGGUGAUGGAGGUGUCUUUGGAUGGGACCUGAAGCGCAAAUUGGUGUCGAGGGGCGCCAACCUUUUCGCGGAUACGGUGUUGAGACCUGGAGUUAGUGAUUUGACGGGUAGUUUUAGACUGUACAAGAGGGCGGUUCUGCAGAAGGUCAUUGAGAGUACCGAGAGUAAAGGAUAUACCUUCCAGAUGGAGAUGAUGGUCCGGGCUAAAGCGAUGGGCUGCACAGUUGCGGAGGUGCCGAUUACCUUUGUUGAUCGCCUGUACGGCGAUUCAAAAUUGGGAUCGUCAGAAAUUGCUGAAUACGCUACUGGGGUCUUGCGGUUAUGGCUUAAGGUCUAG